AUGGCCGGUUCAUCUUCGUCUUCAUCAAAGAUCCCUCCGUUCAUGUUUAGACAUCUUCAGAUUGUUGGGAAUGAGAUGGAAUUCCCAGAAUCACAACUAACGUUACUACCUGAGAAGAUGGUCGACUUUGAUAGCUUGAAAGAAAAUGGGUAUGAUGUGAAGCCGUACUUUUCUGCUCAAGGAUGGAACAAGUAUUUCGAUAUGUUGAAUGGUCCUAUAUAUCCAGAUUUGCUGAAGAAAUUCUGGAUGAAAGCAAGAGUUUUCUCUAAGUAUGAAGCUAAGCAAGAAGAACUUGCCGCAAUCGAAAGAAAUCCUAGUCUGAAAGGAAAAACUAGGAAGGAGAUGGGUCUUCUGGAAUUCACUGGUACACAGAUUAGGUCUAACAUCUGUGGUAUCAAUCUUACUUUUUCUCCAAUUCACUUCAAUGCGUUGUUGGGUUUGGACAACUCUGGUUUGGUGCUGGAUGAUUUUGAAAAGGAUACUAGAUUCAGAGAAGAACUUCUGCACAGGAUGUGCAUUGAUAUGAAGUUGAAGGGAAGGUUAAAGGUCUGA